AUGAUUAUCAUUGUCUUGUUGGUGUGUACCUUUCUCAAUGGUCAGGGGCUAUCAACUGACGGGAGAAGUAAAGAUGUCACUCAAGAAGGGAGUACAGUGGAAAGAUCAGCUUCAGGUGCUCCAACAGAUUGUUGUGGACUUCCGGGUCGGGAUGGUCGGGACGGACGAGACGGAAUCCAGGGGCCUUAUGGGCCGCCCGGACCACCUGGGCAGAAAGGGCCUCCAGGACCUCAGAGUGUGAUAAAUCUGGACAAUCAAUUGGACAAGAUUUUCCAGACUCUCGUAGAACGAUUGGUUGGUGCCAACUUCGGCCGUUCUGGUGUGAACACCGGAGACGGUACAACGGGAACAGAGGAAGACACAAAAUCCAUAAGUCAUGCUGCUCCCGCUGAUUGUUGUGGACUUCCGGGUCGGGAUGGUCGGGAUGGUCGGGACGGACGAGACGGAAUCCAGGGGCCUUAUGGGCCGCCCGGACCCGCGGGAGAGAAAGGGCCUCCAGGACCUCAGAGUGUGAUAAAUCUGGACAAUCAAUUGGACAAGAUGUUCCAGACUCUCGUAGAACGAUUGACUGGUGCCAACUUCGGCCGUUCAGGUGUGAGAACCGGAGACGGUACAACGGGAUCAGAGGAAGACACAAACUCCAUAAGUCAUGGAGGAGCUGUCUACACCCGCUGGGGAAGAAAUAUCUGUCCGGAUCAUUCGGAAACACUAUACUCAGGUAUAAUGGCUGGCUCUCACUACAAGCAUAAAGGAAGCGGACCUAACCAGUUGUGUCUCCCACUGGAUCCCCAGUUCAACAAAACCUACCCUGGACAUCAAUCCAAAUCGUAUCUGUAUGGAACUGAGUUUCAGUUAAAUUAUGGCAAUGAUGUCUUCCGCACAACAAACUCGGGGGGUGUCGUCCCACAUAACAGAGAGGCUCAAUGUGCUGUGUGCUAUACUCCGGGUAGGUUGAGUCACCUGAUGAUCCCAGCCCGACUCGAGUGUCCAUCGGGAUGGACCGUGGAGUACCUGGGAUUUCUUGUGUCCCAACCCCACACGUUCCACAAGUCUGAGUACGUGUGCGUGGACCAGGAUCCAGAUACUCAUCCCGCCACCGCUGCUAACCUAGAAGGAAAUCUCCUAUACGUGGUGGAGGCGGCGUGUGGCUCACUACCUUGUCCACCAUAUGUGGACGGUUAUGAGAUUACCUGUGUCGUUUGCACAAAAUAA